UUUGCAUCUGUUGUGUAUGCAUAUUGCAUCCUUGCGGAGUAACCACUCAAAAACAGAAAAAAAUGAGUGAAUCCCCACCUAUUUGGGUUUGACUUCCAUGCUCAAGUUGGUAAUGUCCUAAAAAAGAUAUGACAAAGCAAUGGAAGAAUAAUGAAACAUAAGAAACUUAUAUAAAUGGAGCUAAGAAGCUUAAAAAUAACAUGCUUGUAGUGAGUGAACUUGUGUGAGUUACUCUUGCUGAUUACUUUCUUUAUGUAUGUGUCUAUUUAUCAGAGUAGGUUUUCUUGUCAACGUAUUCACUGUUCACCUUGCUAUAUAAGACUUUGUAUACCCUAGAAAUGGACGUGGCAUAAGUGCAAGCAGCGUCAUUUUCUCGAUCAAGAAGAUGGAACCCGCAUUCUGGAGCCUUUGGGUCUUAAAGAUCAUUUAAGAUCAGGAUCUUGUACUCCAAAACCUGUAGCAAAUCCUGAUACCCCUAUGACUGAAGAGGGUAAUGACAGUUGCAGGAUAUCUAAUUCUGAUGAAAGAAGAGGAAAGAAUUAUUCAAGUUUGGAUGGAAAAAGAACCGUUGUACUUUCUGAUCUCCAAGCUCUUAAAUGUGAUAAUGGGGAAACAACCCUUGAAACCAGCCGUUUGGUCAAAAAGUAAGUGCUGAAUUCACUGAAGGAGGUCAUCAUGAAGUGUUACAGGAUUUACAACAAACAUCAUCAAGGUUGGAUGCUGAGGAGACUUGGGCCAGAAGUUUGACCCCUCCUGCUGAUUCUAGAGGUGGAAACAAACGACCAGCAGAUAGAUGUGAAUUUUAUUCUAGAGGUUGGUUUAUCAACAGGAGUUCAUGUAGGUUCCUAUUAUUUUUUUGAAACUGGUAAUGUUGAGGAGCUCAUGUAGGUUCCUUCACGUAAGGGAUUAUGUAAUUAGCCGUAAUAAGGAUGGUGUUUUAGAUACUGCAAAGAUGAAAAACAAAGUCAUAAAUGGUGAAGGUUCAAAAUAUACCACCGAGAGACCAGCAUCGUAUUGUUUCUCUGAUUUUGCAUCAUCUGAAGUUCAAUGUGGAGGAUAUCAAAGGUUGAACAGUGAAAAUGAUUUGCAUAUGCAUAAAGAUGAGGAUUGGUCAAGCAUGCCGUUUAGAGACAUUGGAAGAGAAACUUUUGGAUAUAAAUCAUACUUGGCUAGUUAUGGCAGCUCGUCACCACCAUUACUCAAAGAUAAUUCUCUUAAUAAAGAUAACUAUUGUAGUGGAAUGCAUCCAAGUAGCUCAGUACUGCCAUCUUACAAGUAUCUGAACACCGAAGGUCCCUCUUAUGCCUCAGCUUUGGAUGGCACAAGUUAUAAGAGGACCCACCUUAUGCCCGAUUAUCAUCAUUUGCCAUUCUUGAAUCGCUCUGUGGAUAGGUGGCCUUCUUAUCUCACUUCUUACUCUUCAAACCUAGACCCUGUUGGUGAUCAGAAGCUUUUAGACCGUAGCCGAGACUGUAUAACUAGGUCAAUGUCUCUGCAUAACAAGUCUUCAGCACUUCCUGGUUGUGGAACUGAAUCUUUUUCUUGGACUGAUUUAUCAGGGGACACGGAACACUCAUGUGGUUAUAAGACCAAGGUGAAUUUUAAUGACUGGGAAACUUCUGCGCCUUUUCGUCCAUCAACCUUUCUUAGUCAAAUUAUUCCCCCUCCAGAAAGUCUUUAUGAUCCGAUUCGUGACAGCAUUGAGCAAACCAGCACCGCCGAGAAAGAUUUGUCUGCUAAUGAAAGAAAAACAGCUGAUAGAGCUAUAGCCCAUCAAGAGAACAUGAAUACCUCUUCAAAAGAAGAAAAGCACUCAAGAUCAGUUAAUCCCAGAGGCCAAAAGAGGAAACAAUCAAAAUUAGAGAAGCUCGGACCCAGCUGUGAAAUUCAUACCGACUUUAGGAGAGAUGGAUCUGUGAACUAUGAGUCAGGAGUUAUGAAGCAUUUCCGUGCUGCUCUUGUGGAAUUAGUUAAAGAAUUGCUUAAGCCAACUUGGCAUGAAGGUCUUUUGAUGAGGGAUGCGUACAAGAUGAUUGUUAAGAAAGCAGUAGAAAAGAUCAUUAACUCUUUGACACCCGAUCAAGUUCCUGAUACGACUGAAUCCAUCAAUCAAUAUCUCUCUGUAUCUGAGACAAAAGUAGCUAAGCUGAUUGAGAUAAGACCUUUUUUUGCUGCCUUCAUGGGUCGAAAGAAUUUUGGAAGCAUCUAUGUUUACUUAGUAAUAGUUUGAUUCAAUCUUGGUAAGGAAAUAUAAUUUGCUAAUGUCAUCAUCUUCGCUAGAGUCAACUACUAGAUUA